GAGUAAUUCUGUGUGGCACUUUUCCAGUGUGCAUCGGAGACUGUUCCUGUUUGGCGCAUCCGCCGCGGUCGUGUAACAAGGAUUACCCGAUACUCCCCCGGUGGGUUAUUCCGGUCGGUUUUGGCGUGCUGCGAGUCGAUUGAUCGCUUCUGAAUAUUGUCCAGUGUGUGGUGCGCUUCUCGAAUGCAAGUCGUCGCGCGUAUCAAGUGCAGUUGAGAAGGUUGACCUGGAUCGGCGCGGUAGGUCCGUGGUUAUCGCCUCGCGGCGCCUGAUAUAGAUAGUCACGCAUUACGACAUCGAUUGAAAAGAGUUAUGUACUAAUUCUUUCGAAGCACCAGUUAAAAGAUAGUUACCGAAGCAAGAGAAAGCAUCCGACUAUUAAAAAAGUUGAAGAAUACAGUUUAAAAUUCGAAAGGAUUGGAAUUCUAAACAAUCCUUAACGUCGUUCGUUGAUUUUUCAUAACCUUCAACCGUUGAAGAAGAUCACUCGUCAAUAGUUCUUUGUCCAAAUAGUUCCAUAUUGGAAUGGAAGUAGUUGCUGGCGUAAGGAUUGCAAUUCCGUAUAUACUGAAGGUGAACGAAGCACUGCUUGGAACCUCGGAAUACGAGCGCGACUUCAAUUACCUGUGCGGUCGACAACCGGUGGCAGUGGCAGCAGACACGCUGGAGCAAGUUAGUCCAGAAGUGGCAAAAGCAUAGACCGUGCAACAAAUGAGAAGCGUAAUAGUCGUGAAAGCCCAAGUGCCCUAAACAGGUCCUGCUAGUGAUAGAUUCCGCUUCUUAGUAAAGCGAUCUUUUCUGCUAAAAAUCAGAUUAAGCAAACGCAUUGGGUCAAAACCACCAACGCCAAAUUCCGCCGGAUCGCGCCAAUCACUUCCAUUGAGUCCAGAGGACAUCGGAAGGCAUCGUAGUUCGCAGGACGAACAGUACACAGAUCUCUAUAGCUCGUGCCAGCACAGUAGUACUAGUAGUAAUUAACGUCGAGGGCAAACAGGUUAAGAAUGAAUCAGAAGAUCGAUCCAGUGCACGACAAGGAACAGCCACCGCCACCAGUGGUUGUUCCGACGGAUCUUCUCUACAGCUUAGAUCUCAACGGUUCCCAAGAUGAAAACGUCGUACGUCGUAACGGUAGCAUUGAUAAUAAUAGCAACAACAACAACUCUAAUAUUAGUGUAAACAACAAUAACAACAGGAACUCACUCGGUGCUAACAGUUUUAAGUCUGACGACCUGAAGAUCGACGUCCGAGGAGUACCGGAGUUCUACCGAACGGAUGACGAUAAUUAUAGGCCAUUUACCAUCUACGGCAAUCAUCACGGUGAUGGAAACGACAAACUGUCCGUUCUACCAGCUUCAACAACCGGCUCAUUAAGCUCAAUCAUAACGACGUCCGUGGCAUCCUCCGAGCCGGAUCGUGGUGAUCAUCGUGACGGUGGCGUUGGCGGCGGUGGUGGUGGCGAUGAUGACGACACACACAAUGUAGUAGCGACAGCGGCGGGCGGAAAGUGCGUUGGCGGUCCCGGCGGUGGACAUGGAGGCGGUAUCAAGCAUGAGAAAUGGUGGGAAACGACGCUGCAGAUCUCGAUUCCGUUCUUCAUCGCCGGCAUCGGGACGAUCGGGGCCGGCAUUAUCCUUGGACGGGUGGAGGGUCGUUGUGCACUCGAUGUCGAUAUAGCUCUGAUUAGCUUCAUCACUUCGCACUGGAAGGUUUUCCACCAUGUAACGGAGCUGUUCAUCCUGGUUCCGGCCCUACUCGGCCUCAAAGGCAACCUGGACAUGUGUCUGGCGUCGCGACUUUCCACGCAGGCGAACCUCGGGAACAUGACCAGCACCAGGGAGAUCAUCCACAUGAUCGUGGGCAACAUCGCGCUAGUCCAGGUGCAAGCCACGGUGGCGGCCUUCAUCGUGUCCCUGUUCGCCAUGGGCGUCGGGGCGGCCAUGAAUGGGCGGUUUCUGUUCGACCAUGCCAUGCUGUUGACCGCGUCGAGCAUGUUCACCGCGACGUCGUCGUGUUUUGUACUAGAUUUUGUAUUAGUGGCUGUGAUUUUACUGUCUAAUAAGUUGAAAAUGAAUCCGGAUAACCUGGCGACACCGUUGGCCGCCUCGAUCGGUGAUGUGGUAUCCAUUAGUAUACUUUCCUUCAUAGCGUCAAUGCUAUUUGAUCAUCUAGACACCCACCUAUGGAUAACAUUCGUCGUGGUUGCCUGCUAUUUUAUUCUGUUACCAUUCUGGGUAUUUUUAGUAUAUAGGAACAAAUACACGAGGCCCGUGUUGACAACUGGAUGGAUACCCGUACUAUCGGCACUUUUCAUUAGUGGCUUGGGCGGUCUUGUGUUGGAUACCGCGGUCGGAGUUUUCAACGGUUUCGUCGUAUUCCAGCCCAUCAUCAACGGCAUUGGUGGCAACCUGGUAUCCGUCCAGGCAAGCAAAAUAUCCACGAUGCUGCACCAGAGUUCGAUCAUUGGCAUCAUUCCACCGCACGCCACGAUCUGCGAGGUGCCAUGGAAGGCACUGUUCAAGGGUGUUCCUUAUGCCAAAACUGCUAGAAUUCUGAUCCUCAUGUCAAUUCCCGGACAAGUGCUGUUCAUCUUCGCUGCUGAUUACAUUCACAUGUCCGAAUCAACGAUUGGUGCUCCGUUUGUGUUUUCGUACAUGCUCGUCAGUUUGAUACAGGUUAUGUUGCUCCUGUACAUUGCUCACGUUAUUAUCCACGCCAUGUGGAAGUGGAAGAUCGACCCAGACAACUCGGCCAUCCCGUACCUGACGGCUUUGGGCGAUCUGCUGGGCUCGAGUCUGCUGGCACUGGCGUUCCUGUUCCUGCAGUCCAUCGGGCAUCCCUACGGAGAGACCGUGGAGGAGAUCGGCAGCACGGUUACCACCGCCAUGUCCUUCAGCCCGGUGGAUAUCGAUAUAAAUAAGAACUUCGCUCCACAGUUGGCCUAACCGGCGGGUUCGUCCGUUCAAGUAGGGAUAUCUGAUAAUGUUUAUUAUCGUUUCUAUUGUACGCGCACACGUUUAUCUUAUGAAAAAAACAGCAACGCAAAAUAGACGUACCUUUGCCAAAAUCAGACCUUGUGGUAUCUGAAUAUAAAAAAAUAUGUUCUAGUUUUCCGUUUUUUUAAUUGUCGAUAUUUGUUAUAACAACAUGUUCAUGCUUUGGAGAUAGAUGAUUUCUUUUUACAAAUUUAUGAUACGUAUCAUUUUUGGACUUUCAAUAUGUUGCACUUGAUGGAUGCCAGUAUUUAUUUAGCUUAUUAUUGUAUCAAGCUCAAACGGUGAUUUAUUUUUUAAUUAAAUUGUUUUAGCGGCGGUAAACAAGUGAAUAAUAUCGCAACGAUACUUUCGAAUGCCAUAAUCUAAAAAAAAAAACUGCUAAAUCCCUAAUUGAAAACAAAACAAACAUAGGAAUGCAAGGCUUUCACAUAUUUUAGGAAGUUCUAAAUGUGUAGUGCCUCAAUGUUCUACAGAUUCUUUGGGUCGAAACAUGAGUAAAAAAAAGAAGAAAAACAUCACACAUCAUUGCCUUCUGCCGUAUUAAAACGUUAUAGUUUCAUCAGCAAAGCUUCGCUUCGCAUCCAUAACAAAUUAUGUUGACCAUGAAGUACUGCAUCUAUCUGCUCUGACAAAACGUAAACAAGUAUUUAUAUAUAAGACAAUAAGAGAUUGAAAUGGAAAAAAAUCACUGUUGCGAGGUCCUUCAAUAUGUUUAGAAAAUAAAUAGAGAAACGACCGAGAAUCAAGAAAGAAACUCAUGAAAACAUAACUAACGGAAUAAAGAAUGUGAUACUAAUUAAAACAAAAAGGAGACUUUGAGGUAACGAAAGAAGGAAGCCUGAAGAAAAGUUUUGAAGGUAAAAAUUCUAGAUAAUAAUCAAAUAUGAAGAAGAAUGCAACCAGCAAAAGCGAGGGCAAAGACGUGAAUUGAAUGAAACACAUAUUCAGGGCAGGUUUAGGAAAAUAUAAAUAUUUUUCUCAGUUAAGAUGAACUAUUGAAAUAAUCUGGCAACACAGAAUAUUUAACACAAACUGAGAGAAUAAAUAUAAAACGAUGAAAACCAAUAAGGUUACAUUACAGAAAUAUUCACUCUAACACAAAAGAAAACAACCACAGGUUUUAAUGAAAGAACCCCCGAAUAAAUUUAAUCAAAUAUUAAAUUGUGAAAGAAAAAUCAUCGGAAAAUGAUAACAACAUUGAUCCCAAUAUCAUAGAUAACACAUAUGUAUUACAAUCCAUUUAAGCGUUGAAGUUGUUAGAAAGGUAUGAACAAUUCCAAGUGAAAUUUUGACUGAAGCAGAAUGAAAUAAAUACCGACAUACUUUGGACAGAAAAUUUGAAAAAUAAAGUUUGAUUACAGCUGUAAAGAGCCCACUUACUUCCAGUGAGCUUUCCUUUGCUCGGUAUGAAGGAAAUCAUCGACCUUGGAAAAAAUAUUGAGUUUGAGAAGUGAAACUUUGAAUAAACUAAUCAGAUUAGUAUGGAUUUACAUCGAGUUAGAGAACACAUAGAGUCGAAUUAAUUUAUUGUUCGAAGUUGUUCACUCAAUUACAAUAAGAUUGAAGGGUUUAAGUGACAGAAAGCUUAUUUUGAAGUAAUGAGCAGUUUUCGUUUUUGACCACACUAAAAGUGUUACAUUAGGAUGAAAUGAAAAGUUAAUAAUUAUUCUUCCUUUUUUGUUGAGAUGAGUGCCCUUUGAAAAUGUGAAGUGCAUUGUUUUUAUUAGUUUGUUUUCUAGAGUUGGAUUUCGAAUAUUCAUUUCAUACUGCUUCAUGUUAGCUUACUAGGUAUUCUAAUACAACUAAUAAUGACAUGACACCAUAAUAAAUAAAUUUCAAAUGGGUAUUUCACAUGAUGACGAUCGUGUAAUGAACAUAUCGCAUAAAAUGUAUCAUGUCAUAUACAAGUUUAUGAGACUUAUGGACAUUCAAAUCAUGAUUGGUUCCAAUUGUGUGAACCUCUAGUAGUUCGGUAUGCGGCACGCUCGUAUGAUGAACGCCUUCAUGUGAAAUGGGCCAUCCUCAAUCAAAACAUCGCAAUUCAGCUAGUACCACUGAAUGAAAAACAAAAAUGGCGUGGUCACCAUCAAAACAUCGGUGAAAAGUAGAAAGAACCAUGAAAAUAAACUUGUUGCAUUUGAGAACAUCAACGA